AUGGGGAAACUGAACCCCUGGAAUCAUAAGGAAGACGUCACGCAUGUUCCUGUAACUAAGCUUACGUCACUAGUCAACGACACGUCUGCAUUGAAACCUAUACCUGAUAAGAAGUUUUAUCUGGCUAUGGACUUUAACAAGGUUGAUGACUUUCACUACCAUGACAACAAAUAUUAUCCACUGUCUGCAAUCAAUGAUACACUGAGACUGUUUGUACCACAGAUAAACCACGUGUCGUUAAUCCUACCACCAUCGCCGCCACUCACACAGCUUGCUGAUUUAGAUAAAAACUUGUUUUGCAACUAUGAAACAGUUGACGAUAGAAACUGCACAGAGAAUUACUGCGAGUGUGUUUACAGACUGCAUGUAGAUUUAAAUGAUGUUGUGGAAUUGGUGAUCUUAGAUGAAGGUCAAACAUACAACGCAAAUCACCCGAUGCAUUUACAUGGCCAUAAGUUCAAUGUAAUUGGAAUGGAAAAAUUAGGAGACACUCUGACAUUGGAUAAAGUGAAACAGCUUGAUGCCGAGGGAAAACUACACAGAAACUUUGUAGAUCCCGUCUUCAAGGAUACGGUUACAAUACCAGAUGGCGGGUACACUAUUAUACGAUUCCACGCAAACAAUCCGGGGUUCUGGUUCUUUCAUUGUCAUAUAGAAUUCCAUGUGGAUAUUGGUAUGGGCUUAAUCAUACAUACUGGAAACGAAACUGACCUUCCACAAGUACCUAAGAAUUUCCCAAGGUGUGGGAACUGGAAAUAUACCGGAUAAAUUAACAGACACUAAAAGAUCAAUGCUUAUUUAUAAUCAUCUUUAAUUUGAGAACGUGUCGACCAUGGAACAAAGAUUUAAUCAGAGUGCGUCUGUGCAUCUGUUUAAAGGUGUUCACCUUUAUUUUCACUUAUUUCCUUUACUAUAUUUGUAGCCUUUGAAUAAAAAGAUAUAGAU